UUAUGAAGGGGACGUCGAUGCAGAUGAGAUUUUUAGGAACUUCUUUUUCGGGGGAAUGCAUCCAGCCACCACUGCCAAUUUCAGUGGGUUUACAUUUGGGCCUGGUGUGAGGAUGAGAACAGGUGGAGUUGAUCAAGGGUCUAACUGGGUGAGGAUGUUGAUUCAGCUGUUGCCAGUAAUAUUGAUUUUGUUGGUGAACUUCUUGCCAUCAUCAGAGCCAGUUUAUUCUCUCUCUCGAUCUUAUUCCCAUGACUAUAGGCUAACUACACAAAAGGGUGUGAAUUUUUAUGUAAAAGCUGCAAAGUUUGAGCAACAAUAUCCACCUAAUAGUCCAGAACGCAUUGCAAUUGAACAACGGGUUGAGGAUGACUAUCACUCAGUCCUUGUGCAUAAUUGCAGGCUUGAGUGGCAGCAACUUCAUUGGGGUUACCGACGGGAAACACCAAAUUGUGAUGCAUUGAAGCGUUUUGAGGCUAUGGCCCAGUGAUUGAUUAAAGGUCUAAUUUCUUAUCAUGCUCAGUUUGCUUCCUUAG